AUGGAUCCUCGAUGGCCUGAUAAACCAGCUGCAUACCCUCCUGUUGCCUCGCCCCACAACCGUCGAGUCGUCUCAAAUUCAAAUGGUCUGCCAAUUCCACAAUCCUCGGCUCUUCCUACUGACACUAUGGCUAGAUCUCUACCAAGAGCUAUUCCCUCGGCUGCAUCGCGUCGUCAACCUAUCGACUCGGAUGAUUUCGACGAAAACACUGCUCUGCUUCCCAGCAAAGCGUCCGCUCAUCAGGCUUCUUCCUUCUCGGAUCGUAUACGCAAAGAAGCCUCAUUCAAGGCCGAAUUCUCCAAAAAAUCCGCAAUACCUUCCUCAUUUGCAAAUCCAACUCUUGCUGAAGUCCCUUAUGUCGGCUCCUACUCUGGACGCGCCGUCUUUGGUAGUAGACCAAUCGACGACACCUUAACUGAAGGAGAUGUAGCGAAGGUUGUAGCUGAACAUCUGGUAGGAAUCGAUGAACAGGCUCUGUCUUCCUCUCCUGGAUUACUGGAUGCCACAUUCAACUCGCACACUCUGCACGGUGGCGAUACAACCAGUGAGAUCUACAAAUGGGUAGAACGACGAUUGGUGCCAAAUGAAGCUACUCGCCAGCGUCGUAAUUCAGAUCCAAUACGUGACGUGCGAUUUAGAUCUCCUUCGCCAGAAACGGAUCAUCCCAUUCUCACUGCUUCUGCAUUACGAGAACCUGGCAUGUUUCGAAGGUUUUAUCUUCGAAACCAAGCUAGAAAGCAUGGGAGGCCAGAACCAUCAAUAUUGACUAGGAAUUUCGUUGAUUUCCUCGCACUUUUUGGCUAUUAUGGUGGCGAUGUGGAACCAGAAGACGACAGUGACGAUGACGACAUACCACCAACAGGUGAAACCGCUCCACUGCUCUCUGGACAGUCACCACUACGUAGAACCAAUAGUUUUGCCACAGCUGUCAGCAAUUUAGGUGGUACUUCUGCGAAAAAGACCUUCUUUUUGCUAAUGAAGGCCUUUAUUGGAACCGGUGUCUUGUUUUUGCCAAAGGCCUUUGCUGAAGGUGGAAUGUUGUUCUCCUCCCUCGUCAUGAUAUUCAUUGGAGCAUUGACGCUUCAUUGUAUGAUAUUGCUCGUGGAUACAAGUCGUCAAGUCGGUGGUUCAUUUGGUGAUUUGGGCUACAAGUUAGUUGGGCCAUGGAUGAGAGACGUCGUCCUAUGGUCUAUCGCGCUGUCGCAAAUGGGAUUCUGUACAGCUUAUUUCAUAUUCGUAGCCAAAAGCUUGCGAGAUUUGGCAAUGUUGGCUACAGCUUGUAAAGUUAUUCUGCCAGACAUAUUUUUCAUUAUUCUGCAACUUGUAAUUUAUAUUCCAUUGUCCUUUGUCAGACGCAUCAAGGGAUUUGCCAUCACUUCCUUGAUCGCAGAUGUCUUCAUUUUAUUGGGUCUCGCCUAUAUCUUUACAUAUGACAUUUCUGUGAUAGCCAUGCGUGGACUUGCCAAGGGAGUUGUACUGGGCGUGAAUGUAGAAGGGUUUAAUGUAAUGAUUGGAACAUCCCUUUUCGCAUUUGAAGGGAUUGCCUUGAUCGUACCUGUUGCUGAGGCUAUGAAGAGACCAAAUCAGUUUUCAUCUACACUGACAGUCUGCAUUGUAAGUGUGGGCUCCAUCUUCCUUGCCUCUGGCAUUCUUGGCUAUGCAGCAUUUGGAAACAAGCUAGAGACGGUGGUUUGGUUGAACAUGCCAAAAUCAGAUCCCACUGUGUUGGGAUUGCAAUUCUUAUACGCCCUUGCAAUACUUCUCAGCUUUCCCCUCACUGUAUACCCUUCCAUUCGAAUCACAGAAUCCAUGCUCUUCUUACCGAUCUACAGUGGGAAAACUCAACCUCGUAUCAAGUACUUGAAAAAUCUAUAUCGAACCGUGCUAGUAGCUUUCUUGGCCUUCUUGAGCUUUGUAGGAUCCAACCAGUUAGAUAAGAUUGUGGCCUUGGUGGGAUCGCUAGCUUGUAUUCCAUUAUCCUUUAUCUAUCCAACGCUCUUUCACUUGGUGCUAAAGCGUCAACAUGGUGGAAAGUUGACUGCCGAACAAAUCAAGGAUGCUGGCAUUCUCAUAUUUGGAAUCGUUAUAUGUGUAUACAAUACCUCAAUCACAGUCGCUUCAUUCUUUGAUAGGGAUCCUGAUGUCCCUGUCGACAGAUGUCGAACCUAG